GCGCGUAUCCUCAACAGGACAGCGCAGCCAGUACGCAUGGGAGAUUGGCGACGGGACGUGUUUGUGUUAGUGAGCCCUAAUUAAAGCCAAGAACUGGAGUGUCAUUCAUAAAAACGCAGGGUUUUUUUAUGGAUCGCUGAAAUUUGGCACAAGCUGAGAGCUCACGGAAAAAGGACGAAGUUGAAAUUGGUGGAUCAAAAGUGAAAAACAUUUACAUUACGCAGAGUAAAACAUUGCAAUCGGCGACACACGCUUUGAACAACAUGGAUUUGGAAAUCGAAGCACAAAAGCCCACGCUGGAUUUGGCGAAGAAAUGUCUCAAAAAGGUGCCGAAAAUGGAAGACGCGCAGCAAUACAAAGUGUUGAUACUGGACGACAAUGAGCUACAGAAGAUAGAUAAUAUUGAUUCGUACUUGAAGAUCGAGAAGCUGUCGUUGUGCAAAAACCAGCUGCUGCGUAUGUACGGCGUUUGUCGAUUGCAUUGUUUACGAGAGUUAAAUCUGUCCUAUAACGGGAUCCUCACGAUAGAAGGACUAAAAGAUUUAGUGUACUUGACGCACUUGAAUCUGGAGUGCAACAAUAUUAAAACCAUCGAACAUUUGAAUACGAAUGUAAACCUUCAGUAUUUGAAUCUUUCGGAAAACAGUAUCACCAGUGUAUCGGAUAUAUCUUACUUAAAAAACCUAAAGGAACUCUAUCUCAACGGAAACCGCAUAUCGCAUUUAAGGCAAUGUGAUAAACACUUACCUCAAUCGCUGGAAACAUUAACCUUAGCAAAGAAUAACAUUGCGGAUCUGAAUGAAAUUUGCACACUAAGCCACCUGAACAAUCUCAACAGCAUCACGAUAGCGGACAAUCCGUGCGUCCAGAUGGCCGGAAACGUAGUUGGAUUUGACUACCGCCCAUUCGUGUUGAAUUGGUGCAUGAGUGUGAAGCAUAUUGAUGGAUUUGUCGUCACUGCCAUCGAGAGUCUGAAAGCGGAAUGGUUGUACAGCCAGGGACGGGGUCGCCAAUUCCGAAUCGGCGAACAAAUUGCACUGGCUCGCUAUCUAAGCAGCGUGUGCCCAUUGUCUGGCGAAGCGUUGGAAAACCAAAACGAGCGAAAACUUCGACUUAUACUUAGCAAAGCGCAGCAACAUCAGCGCCAGUUGCAGGAACAAACAACACUCGGCAGCGAUGGAGCAAAUCAAUCGGCAAACAAUUCGCCAUCGUCACUGCGGCGGAAGGGCCAAGCAACGCGCAUACAGUCGCCUCGCGUAUCGCGUUUAAGCGGGCGUCAAAACUCUCCGGAUGCCAUGUCAAACAGUUACCAUGGUAACCUUUCGAACAAUUCAAUGUCAUCUGGGCAUAGCGAGAGCAGCUCUGGAGGAUCGCAGCUGUUCGAACUGACUCGGUCGUUAAUUGAUAAUAUAACUUCAGACAGCACUAUUAUGUCGCAGAGCUUGGAUCCAAACAUGCUGGCGAGCAGUAAUAACACUGCCGCUUCUGCCAAUAGUAUGACCGGUACCGGUACAGGAAACGAAUGUAUUGUGUUGAGCAAGCAACAUUCGGCAGCAACGAACCAAAACCAUGGAAAUUUGUAUAAUGAUCAAAUAUUAAACCCCGCUGUCAUUACUGGAGGGGGGCCACUAACAGCUGCAUCUAAAAUGGUGCCGGUACCCGAAUCCUUGAUGAGCCCUGACUGUGGUCCCACUACGACAACGGCUGCUAGUAUCGUGCAACGAAAUAUGCAACAUUGUAAUAUGCAGCCGCAACCACAGACGCCGCAGAUUCCCAAAGCUGUAAAAACUAAAGACAUCCAUCGAACGGGGGGAAGUCAAGCGGGUGGAGGCAUCCCGGUGGCAACCGUAAAUCCCAAAAGCGGAAGUCCUCGCACGGCGAAACGCAAUAACAGCAGUGAGCGCUCUUCCCCCUCUCUUUCGCCGCGAAAAACACUCAACAGCCACAGCAGCAACGGUGGUGGUGGUGGUAGCAAUAGCCAUUCCAGACCCGUAUCAUCACAAUCGAAAUAUUCUGUGCAUGCUGCUAUAGCAACACCGUCGGAGGGUGGGUCGAGCAAUGCUGUAAGCUCGGACGACGAUAGUGAGACGAUCAAUGUUGAAAAACUGCGCACCAUUCGUCACAAAGCGGCUCAGCAACAAACGCAUCACACCCUUCAGCACGUAGGGCAGGGGUCGGGAUUAAAAAUGAAGGAUAAAGAAGCUGCGUUGUCGGGUGUACCUGCGGCCAAGGAGACGAUGGACGAUAAUAAGGCAACUGAAAAUUCGGCCAUUCUAAUUCAGAAGCUUUGGCGUGGCUAUGUAACUCGGAAACGGACACGGGAUGUGGUGGAAAAAUUAUUCCACAAGCGAACAAACGAUCAUAUUUUACAGCUGACUAAGGACAUGCAGAUAACAAAGGAACAGUUGGAGUCGGGACGCAAAAUUCAACAACUCCAGAUGAAAGCUUUGCGUCAGUUGUGGAGGAAAGUUUCCUCUAUGAAUCCAGCGGAACAAUCAUUCGCCACCCAGAACAUCAGUGGGCCAACGCAAGUAACGGUAUCGGAAGAAGAAGAAAAUUGCGAACAACUUGCGGGAGACGGCGGGGAGCACAGUACGCUCCAGGAUCUGACAAAGUCUUGUUCGAUGCUAAUGAACCAGGUGCAACAGUUGCAGGGCGCGGUACGUGACAUAGUAAGCUGUAUGCAGUUCUUGGUACAUGUUCCGCAACCUGCGCAACCGUCGACGAGUAACGCUUCCCAACAACUCCAGUGCUCCAGUGAAACUCAAACGGAAAUUGUGGCCGUACAUACGCCCCAGCUAGAACAGAUGCCAGAAACGUUUCCUUUUGGUAAGAUGUUGGACGAUGCAGCCAAGGAGCAGUUGUUGGUGAGUUGCAACAAUAAGCUUUCGCGGCCGUCAACAUUACCCAUCAGUUCUGCGGAGACUUCUCCUAAGCUUGCUGGACAAGAGCAAAGCAUAAACGUUAGGGAAAGUCCUCGGGAAUCGACGGAUAAGGAUUCGAUCAACUGUGAAGUUCAAAUGAUUAGGAUUGAAGAAGCCGAUCGUGGUAAUGAGGAGGAAAAUAACGACGGCGAGCAGAAGGAACGAGAUGAGAAGGAAAUGGAAAGCAUCGCUCAGUCGAAGGCUGUGGAAAGUGACCCAGUUAAUCCGUAAGCCGAAUUGGUAAUAUUAAUUCAUAAUUGCGGAGGAAUGCCGAGGAAUAUUUGAAGCACUAGAUAUUUUUAUUUUAUUUUAUAUUAAGUCUCUUUAAAGGGCACCCUCUUGGCAGCCAACAUAAAUAUGGUUCCGUUAUAUUUGUUGAUUAUUUUUAAGCUAUUUAUUCAAAAGUGCUAAUAUUAAGUUGAACGUACGGAUUAGCAAGCGAGACAAUUUUAAAAUGAUCUUUAAUAUUUAAAACAUCUCUUUUUUCGUUGCAACCAUAUGUUGUCCAAGACCAGUCUGCCUCAACCAUACAAAAUUUGGGCUUUAGCUGUCUGUAAUUUAUUGGUUUACCCCUUCCAUAGCAGAAUAGUCGGUCAAGUCAAAUAUAACUGACCCGAAGGAUCAAAUACACAGUUGGAUUGAAUAAUCUAAAAUCCUCAAUGAUAAAAACAUAAAAAACACUCCUCACAGGCUUAAGAACAAAACAACGGAGUAGAAUGAUUUCCUGAGAGCAUAAGAAUGGUCACCAAAAUUGAAUACCUGUAUGGGAAGGCCAACGCUACAACGCUUUUAUUUAACACAUUCCAUUUCCUACCCUAAUAACGAUGCAAAAGUAUAAUUAUAACCCUAACCAAAGAUGUACAGGACGAGACUAGUACAGUAUGAUACGAUCUAAAAAGUACUACGAAUAUCCACUGUUUGAACGUAACGCGCUGAGAUAACACGGCGUGAUUAAAGCUGGCUCACUUCACUUUCCACCGAAGUGAAACGCAAUUUAAAGGAGCUAUUGUGUUUUUAAAGAAGCUUACAUUGACGAUCACAGUCUUGCUAAUCGUUCAUAAACGCUGAUAAGCUAUGCAAGGUACCACAAAUAAGAAAAGGUUUCUUUGGCAAUUUAAAUACUGGUAGUGUAAUUGCUGCAGUAUAGUUUUCUUAUUAUAUUUCUUUUAUGUACAUCGCCUAAACAAGAUUUGCGUAUAAUAUUUGAUUCCUUAAAAGUUUCCAUAGCCAGUAAUGUUUACCAAGUUUUACCAAACAAACUUAGAAAGGUGAUUAAAUAUAAUGGAAAGUUUCAGAAUGAUCCAUCCCCAUUCUUUGGUGUUUAGGAAGAUACAAUGGAGCUUUAAAUUGGCCCCAACAGCUAACAAAAACCACCGCCUCGUAAUUGUUGCCCAUGAAGGAUGGCGGUUUAUCCGGUAGCAGGUGGCAGUCAUUGCUAUUCAUUUUAACUCUAAUCCACACUACAAGUGCCUACAUUUUACUUAGUUGCGAGAGCACAUACUUAUGCAAGCAGAGCAACGGAGGUAGAUUGAGUAGAGCAAUUGCGUAGAAUUUGUUUCCUUCGCGUUUUUAGCAAACAUUAGGUACGUGCACGUUGGUUAGGUACGUUGAUUGAUCGUAUACUUUUAAUACGAUCAGGGUUUUCGAGUAGAUUAAUGUGCAUUUUCGUUAGUGAAUCAGCAGCACACAUAGAGAGUGAAUGGAAAAUAUGAAAACAAAAAAUAGAAUUGCACGUAAUAGAGCACCAUACGUUUUGCGCACAGUAUGAACAAAAGUAAACCGUUCGAUAAAUGCACAACAUUGCAUUCUAUAAUACAACGCAGACUCGGUUUGGUUGAAUGUAAAUUUGAAAACAAUUGUUUUUAGAUUAGAUUGCUGUUUUAAUUACCACUUUAGAACGGUAAGCAUAUACCUCUCUAUUAAGUUAGUAACUGAGAUUGGAAGAAUAUUGAAAAGCCCCAAAACUGCUUCUAACCAACCAGGGCAAGGACGAGAAGAAGGAUUUGAUUCGAUGUAAACGGCUGGAUUUGCCGUUGCAUCCAUUUUAGCAUUAAAUAAUUAAAGGUAGUGCUGUCGAUGUAGUUCAGGGAGCUCGCUUCAAUCUGCUCAAACCCUGUUUCUCGUGCCACAUAUGUAUAGUGCAAUUGGGCUACGCAUGGUGUCAUUCUGCUUUUAUGCUCUCUAAGAUCGCAUGAUCGAUGUUUUCUGAUCGCACGAAUAAUAGCAUUACAAUGCCGUCUGUAAUAAGAAAAUAAUUGGAAGGUAUAUGCUACAUCUUGUUCUAUCGGGAUUUCUAGCUAUCUCUCACAAAAGCCAAAGUCAAAAUAAACAUAUAUAACCGUUUGAAAGGAAAUUCUUUCAAAUAGAAGAGUCAAGUACAUACACUUACAAAUGUACAAACAUAUGUAUCUUCAGCAGUUUUUGAUAAUUCUUAACAACUAAACAAUAAACGCAUCGCCGCAUAAUACCAAGAUAAAA